GCGAGCGAGGAUUUAAACCUCGCUCGCUGUUCCUUGAAUAUAUGCCAUACUGUUCUCCAUUACGACUAUUCGCCUGUUUGUUGAAGCAUCGCUAUUUUCGAAAUGGCUCUCAGAGUGACCCGGAAUCGUUUGGCUUCCACCAAGGUCGACCUCGGUGGCAAGGCCUGCUCUGUGUCUGGGCCCACACAGAAGCCCCGAGCAGCCCUGGGGGAAAUUGGAAACAUCGCAGUUAACAAAGACGCACAGAAAAAGCCUGUAAAGACUGAAGCCCUCAAGAAGACCAAAGUUACAACUAGAGCUGAAAAGGCUGAACAGACAAAGCAAAAAGAUGUCAUUCCUGUUAAACCUGAGGUGCAAGCCCCACCUGAGCCAGCUUCUCCCACACCAAUGGAGACCUCUGGCUGUGAGCCUGCAGACCUAUGCCAAGCAUUUUCAGAUGUCAUUCUGCACACUGCUAUCAGAGAUGUCGACGCAGAUGACUAUGACAACCCCAUGCUCUGCAGUGAAUAUGUGAAGGACAUCUACAAAUAUCUCCGCCAGCUUGAGGUUGAACAGAACGUCAGACAGAACUAUCUGCAGGGUCAGGAGGUGACGGGCAACAUGAGAGCCAUUCUCAUUGACUGGCUCGUGCAAGUAAAUCUGAAGUUUCGUCUCCUGCAGGAGACUAUGUACAUGACCGUGGGCAUCAUUGACCGCUUUCUUCAGGACAAUCCAGUCCCCAAGAAGCAGCUGCAGCUUGUUGGCGUGACUGCCAUGUUCCUUGCUUCAAAGUAUGAGGAGAUGUAUCCCCCAGAGAUCUCAGACUUUGCCUACGUCACAGACAAGGCCUACACCACAGCCCAAAUCAGAGACAUGGAGAUGACAAUUCUGCGGGUGCUGAAGUUCCAACUGGGCCGUCCUCUCCCCCUUCAGUUCCUCAGAAGGGCCUCCAAAAUUUAUGAGGUAACUGCUGAGCAGCACACUCUGGCAAAGUAUCUCCUGGAGCUCACAAUGGUUGACUACGAGAUGGUCCAUUUGCCACCUUCAAUGGUGGCAAGUGCUGCUUUGGCACUCACCCUCAAAAUAUUGGCUGCUGGAGAAUGGGAUGUGACGCUGCAGCACUACAUGGACUACACAGCAGAGAGUUUGAUUCCUGUUAUGGCACACAUCGCCAAGAACGUUGUCAAAGUGAAUAAUGGGCUGACCAAGCACAUGGCCAUCAAAGGCAAAUACUCCACCUCAAAGCAGAUGAGGAUUGCCAACAUUUCGCAGCUCAAAUCAUCAGUGGUUAAGGACCUGGCAAAGCAGGUCACACAGUGAGGAGAUCAAUGUCCUUGGCACCAUGUGCUGAUUUGUACAGAUGUAAAUUAACUUAACCUGACAAGGAUCUGCACACCAAGGAUGUCACUAGUUUAGUACUUGUGGUUUUUUCUUUUUUUUUUUUUAAAAAUAAGACUGUGUAUUUUUACAGCCUGCCCAAAGCACGCCACAAGUUUUAAGUUUGACCUGAGCAACAAAAUGGAAGUUCUUCUAAGAUUGACAGCUGGGCUACAUGAUCAGACUAGUGCAAGGCAACAAUUUUUGUUUCACUUAUUCACAAGUACUCAUGCACUAAUCUUAUUAGGCCUGAAGACCUCUGACCCUACACCUUUAAGUCUAAUGCACCUCUAAACUGCUGCUGAAGUGUUUAAUCUAAAACUUGUGGUGUGACUUAUGGCCAGCAAUGUGACUUUUUAAAAAUUUUUCAGUGGAUGUGUUGGUGUGAAAUGUACAGCAAUGCUUUUUAAAUAAAUUUGGUUUUUGCGUUCUUA